AUGUCAUCAGUAAAAGCUCAAAAGAUUAUGGUUGCACCCAUCAACCUGAUAUUCCGGUUGCUGCAGCAGAAAGUAAGAGUUCAGAUCUGGCUUUUCGAAAAGGUUGAUAUCAGGAUGGAAGGUCAGAUCCUCGGUUUUGAUGAAUUCAUGAACUUGGUGUUGGAUGAUGCCGAAGAGCAUAAUUUACCUGACAAGACUACAAAGCAGCUAGGAAGGAUCCUUCUUAAAGGGGACAACAUCACUCUGCUGUGUCCUGCUUUGGAUGCAGAGGCAUCUGAAAUCGCAGCUUCAAUUGUCCUAGCUGACUGUGCCACAGGCGGGUGUGGCGAUGCGCAGCCAAGUGUCCGUGGCUCUAUCGGUCAACGGGCUCGAAGGUCGAAACUGCACACCUUAGCUCUAGCAAUGAGCGCUCCCAAGUCUUUGAGGGAACAACAAAAAGAGGCCCUUUUCACUUUGCUCAACCUCAACACCAGGGAUGCGAUUGUAGAUAGUGCUUUGCCAGAUACCGCGUCGGCUGCUACUGCGUCUUCUACCACAACGCUUGCGAUAACAGAUCCCGUCUGGAAGGUUCUCAUCUAUGACAAAUUAGGGCAAGAUGUCAUAUCGCCGUUGGUAAAGGUGAACGAUUUACGCGAACAGGGAAUUACCGUCCAUAUGCCCUUAUACAGUGACCGCCUCCCGAUUCCGGAUGUGCCCGCAAUCUAUUUGGUCCAACCCACAGCCGAAAAUAUAAAGAGAAUAGGCGAUGAUUUCGGAAAGCAAUUGUACGAGUCAUAUUACAUCAACUUCUUGUCUUCCGUUCCUCGACCUCUUUUGGAGGAUCUCGCUGCGACCGCUAUUUCCACGGGUGUGUCGGGCGACGUUGCGCAGGUGUAUGACCAAUAUCUCGACUAUGUCUGUUUGGAUAACAACAUGUUUUCACUGCAAAUGGAGGAUUCGUACCAAAGCCUUAACGACCCAACGUCAUCCGAAUCCCGUAUAGAGUCACUGCUGGACAAAAUCGUCGGCUCACUGUUCUCCGUUUUGGUCACGCUUGGUGUCGUGCCUAUUAUCCGUAGUCAACGAGGAAAUGCGGCAGAAGUGGUCGCAACGAAACUUGAGAGUAGAUUACGCGAUCAUAUGCUGAAUACCCGUGCAAAUCUCUUCAUGGAUAACCUGUCUGUGACAAGGAAUUUGUCUCGACCAGUGCUGAUUAUCCUCGAUCGAAAUCUUGACUUGACUAUGAUGCUGAAUCACACAUGGACAUAUGCAACGCUGGUGCAUGACAUCUUUGACAUGAAGUUGAACAGGGUGACUAUAGUGGAUGAAGAGGGUGGGCAGCGAAAGCGUAAAACCUUUGACAUCGACGUCAACGACUUUUUCUGGAGAAAGAACGCGUCAAAUCCGUUCCCACAAGUCGCUGAGGACGUCGAUGUCGAAAUUAAUCGAUAUAAGGCAGACGUGGAUCAAGUCACAAAGUCAUGUGGAGUGAACUCUUUGGAUGAAGUAGAUCCAAAUGAUUUUAGCAGCGGUGCCAAAGGACUGACGUCAGCAAUUAAGCAACUGCCGGAAUUGACGGAGCGAAAGAGGCUAUUGGAUAUGCAUAUGAACAUUGCAACGGCCUUGCUACGGACGAUUCAGGAGCGACAUCUCGAUCAGUUCUUCUCCAUGGAGGAGUCCAUUUCAAAACAGAGUAAGGGCAACAUAAUGGAAGCCAUAAGAGAUCCGAAGAAAUCUCCCGACGAUAAACUUCGACUGUUCAGUGUCUACUAUCUGUCUACCGAAGCUGUCUCAAAAGAAGAUCUGGGCGAAUACGAGACUGCCUUAGCAGAAGCGGGUUGUAACGUGAACGCCGUUCACUAUCUCAAACAGGUACGGGCAUUCUCCCGAAUGAAUACUGUUGCGAAUGUGCCUCCACCACAGCAAUCAGCGGCUAAUGAUCUACUGGGCAGAUUUACUUCAAUUGGGUCUAAGCUUACCGAUCAUUUGAAAGAUGCGGGGGUGUCUGGCCAUUUUGAGAACUUGGUGUCUGGUGUGAAGAAUUUGCUCCCUCUUCGCAAGGACUGCCCUGCGACUCGGAUAGUGGAUGCGAUGAUGGAACACAAAGAUGGACCCGACACGGAGGAGUAUCUUUAUCUGGACCCCAAACUGCCACGGGGUGCUGCUCCUAAGCAGCAGCGUAGUCGAACGCCUUUCCAGGAGGCCAUCGUGUUUGUUGUGGGGGGUGGAAAUUAUCUGGAGUACCAAAACCUAACAGAGUACACUCAGCGAGCGUCCGUGCAGCGAAAGCGGAUUACAUAUGGAUCAACCGAAUUGGUCACGCCAAAGGCUUUUAUGAAGCAAUUGGAGGCCCUUGGUAGUGGUAGCAAAGCUUGAGCUUGAGAUAAUGUAGAUACUUCACGUUGCUUCAUAAUAGACUGUAUAUUCGAUAUCUCGAGUCAAGAUCAAGUAGUGAAUUAGUUUACAUACAAUUGCUCUAUCUACAAGGGUUU